AUGUCUAAAAGAACUAAGAAAACAGAAGACAAAGAAGAAGUCACCACUGGGUGGAAGCCAGAAGAUGAAGAAGAGAAGAAGGAAAGACCAAGAGCUAGAAGAUCCACUAGGAGCAAGAAUAAAGUAGCUACAUAUGAUCUAGACGUCAUCAUUCCUAAAGUGACUGCACCUGAUGUCUCUUCAAACCCAAUGCUGGCGAGCAAGUAUGACGGCACUCAAGAUAUUAAGGGAUGGAUCAUGAGCGAGAAAUUAGAUGGAAUCAGGUGUAUUUGGGAUGGAGAGAAUAUGAAAUCAAGAGCAGGUAAUAAGUUCUACGUUCCUGACUUCUUCAUUGAAAACUUCCCAAAAGAUAUGGUACUUGAUGGAGAACUCUUCCUUGAAAGAGGUGAGUUCCAGAAAACAGUUAGUAUUGUUAAAAAACAGGAUAAGAGUGAUAGAUGGAAGCAGAUUAAAUACCUCGUUUUUGAUGGGCCUGGCAUUAGAGGAAACUUUUCUAUGAGACUUAAAGUUCUUGAAAAGAAAUUAUCAGAUGUAGAUUCCAAAUAUCUUGAACUCCAUAAACAUGAGAAAUGUAAGGACGAAAAGCAUCUACAGGAAGAAAUGAAGAGAGUCGUUGCCCUUGGAGGAGAAGGAAUGAUGAUUAGAGAUCCAAAAUCUAAAUAUGAGCAUAGAAGAGUCAAGACCAUGCUUAAGGUCAAAGAAUUCCAUGACGAUGAAGCUACAGUUAUCGGCUCAGAGAAAGGAACAGGAAGAUUAGAGAGGUUAAUGGGGGCUCUAGUUGUCAAAAAUAAAGCAGGAAAGGUCUUUAAAGUAGGAAGUGGGUUCACUGAUAAGGAAAGAGCAAGCCCACCUAAGAAAGGAACUACCAUUACUUACAGGUAUUUUGAAUUGACUAAGGAUGGAGUUCCAAGAUUCCCAACUUAUAUGAGAGUUCACCCGGGAAUGUAA